UCCCCACUCUAACAUUUUCGGCUUCAAUUAGAGGUUGCCCUGCAUCUCCAUCCGUCCAUGGCGAUGCCGCCGGGCCGACCGUGGGCGGAGCUGCAGCACGACCUCCUGGUGGCGAUCAUGACCCGCGUGGGCGCCCCGGACCUGCUCUCCGGCGGCGCGCCGCGCGCCUGCUCCUCGUGGCGGGCCGCGGCGCGGGACCCGCUCGCGUGGCGCCGGGUCGACCUCCGCGACUGGGCCGCGCUCACCUCCGGCCGCCGCUCCGCGGGACCGGGGCCCUCCGGCGCUCGGGUCCCCGUCCACGCCGCGCUCGCCGGCAUCUUGGACGUCGCCGCCACGCUGGCGGAAGGGCGGAUCGAGGCCGUGCUGCUCCCCGAAUUCGCAGAUGAAGACCACCUGCUGUUCCUCGCUGAGAGGUGUCCGAACCUGCAGUAUUUCAGCCUUCCUAGCACCUGUAUGACUUACGAUCAGUUCUGUAAGGCGAUAGGCGAACUUCAUUCACUUAAAGGCAUGGCAGUGGAUGAGAGUCUUAUCAACUACGAUGUCCUCCUCCACGUGCAUCAGUGCUGCCCAGACUUUGUGGAACUGAAGGUGUCUGCUUUGUACGUGGAUGAAGAGAUGGCUUCGGUCAUCUGUACUUCUCUUCCUCAGCUGAAGAAGCUCGAGAUACCAAGUUCAGAUAUGCCUGCCUCUGCGAUAAUAAUGUUCCUUGAUUGCCUAGAGGAGCUUGAGUACCUGGACAUAUCAGGUUAUGAGACAUCCACGAUCUCCAGCGUUGUUCUUGAAAAAGCUUCACGGCUCAAGGUCUUUCUUUGGAACUCCAAGUUUGAGCUCGGGGAGUUCGUGGACUGCUCAAACUGUGGUGAGCACAACAUCAACCCUGGAGAGCCCUGUAAGUGCAUGAUGGAGCAUAAGGUGAUGGACUGGCUGGCUGGACCAGCAUAGACUUCCUAAACCAAAGGCAUCUGUUGUUUUUUGUUGCUAAAUUAUUAUGUUUCUCUGUUUGUAAAAUGUCAACCCUUGUUAUAUUUGGUGUUUGAAACAUGUAACAGUAAAUCCAGCACUUGUAACUUUUAACCAUGUAAUGCCUUCUCUGAGGUGAAAUGGAUCGAUCGAUUUCCAUGAUUGUUCUUCAGUUAUGCAUUGGAGUAA